UCUCAAGCUUCCCGUCUAAACCCUUACCACAGCAAAAUUUCUGUCAGCUUUCUUCACUCACUUUCUGCGAAUUCCUUUCGAGAAAUCUCUCCUCACUCUCUAAUUUCCAUCGCGAGAGCUGUCUUCCGCUCUCCGAUCAAUUGCCUUCAUGAACUUUUGUUGAUCGCGCAUUUGCACACCCUCCGGAGUGUCAUGGCGGAGGAGAUCGCUGCUCUCGUCGUCGCUCUGUCGUCCGACGAUUUCUCUCAGAGGCUCCGCUCCGAUGCGUCGGCGUCCGUGCUCCGAGUAGGUUUCCAGAAGCUCUAUUCAAUCCUCAGGCAGUCCGUGAGGCCGGUCGAUUUUGAUUCCAGCGGCGAUGCUGGUAAAGGUGGCGGUAAGUUAGGGUUGGAGGUCUGGGAGCAAACUCGAAUUCACGCUCUGGCGUGUGUCUCGAUUGCUGUUGUUAAAGCAAUCCGAUCUCUGUCUGUUGAGCAAGUAGAGCCUGUGGUUGUGGCGGUGGUCCAGCAGUCGAUUGAAUUCGCUUUGUGUUAUUUGGAGAAAUGGAUUGGGAAAAGUGAUGAUUCAACUCUUCAGAAUACAAUGCUACAACUGUUGGAGUUAUUGCUAGCUGAUGGGGUGCAAAAGGAAUCAGACAUUUCUCUGUCAUGUCCAACAAGCAUUCCUGUGGACUUGUUGCCUAGUUCUGUUAAUAAAGAUGAUGAUGUUUUGUGGCAGGACAAUGUUAAGUGUAUGCUUCAAGGGUCCAUUUGCUCUCUGGAAAAAGAAGCAGACAAUGAUCUAUUGAUACAAUUUAUUUCCGAGUCCAUACAAGUUGAUCCUGUGAAUCCAGUUGCACAGUAUAUUCCUUCCAAUGCAAAUAAGUUGACAUCUCUUUCUCAGCAUUGGGCUGUUAUUCAUCUCAGAUGCAAUCAUCGUCUUAUCUUACUUUGCAAAGAAGUUGUAGAACUUCCAGUGUCAUCGGAUGAAAAACAGACCAGUCUAAAUUUGCGGAGAAAAUUUUCAACUUGUCUAAGAAUACUGAAUUUGCUGGGAAGUGUUACUAAGAGUCAUCCGAUUUUGUACUCAGACAACCUUCUGUUGCAUUCUGCUGCUUCCUUCAUCGAUAUAUUACCUAUAUUGUUCAGAACUGGUUUUGAGUUUGUAAAUGCCAACACUGUUGUUGAAAGUAGUUAUGAAAGUCUUGCUGCCCACAUAUUGGAGGAAUUUCUUCGAGUAAUGCAAGCAACUUUCUGUAAGAAUUUUGUGUUCCAGAACAUCCAAGCAUGUGUGGCGGCUUCUGUUAUGCAGAAUUUGGGUUGUGAUGUCUGGAGGUUUGAUAAAUAUUUGCCCAGCCACAAACCCCCCCUGGCUUACUUUCCAAGGGUGGUUAUUUUUGUUCUAAAACUCAUUUCAGAUAUUAAGGAUCAGGCUCUUCAUUUCAUUGAGUUAGAUGAUGCUGGGCUUCCAGACAGUCAAUUAGGGCUCAAUUCUCCUUCAUGCCAUGUCGGUUCUGAGAAAGUAAUAUUGUUGAAAAAGCAUACUAAGGUGGACUUGCUUGAAAUAUUAUUUCCAUCAUCAGUUCAAUGGCUGGACAAUGUGAUGCAUCUUCUUUUCUUCCUUCAUUCCGAGAGCACAAAAUUAGAGCCAUUAUUGGAAAGGUCAUGUUCCAACGGGACGAAAGCUUCUACCACCUGUGAAGUGGAAAGUGUUGCUUGUCAUGAAGAUGAAGCCCUUUUUGGGGAUCUUUUUUCUGAGGGUGUUCGCUCUGUUAGUUCCGCUGAUGCGUGUGAGCAGUCAAAUGCUACACACAGUUCUGUACCCGGUUUCAGUAAUAUGCCAUUUCAAGCAGCAACUGAAUUGCUAAGUUUCCUAAAAAAUUGUGUAUUUUCUCCUCAGUCACAUCCACGGAUGUAUCAAAAUGCAAUUAAAGAGCUUAAUGGCAACCAUAUUGAUAUUUUGCUAUCAAUACUCAACUGUCAGGUCUAUUAUCCUGAAGAAAGGACUUGUGAUAAUAAUCUAAUUGUGCAUGAAGAAAAGAAGUUUGGGACUGUUCAUUUGUAUUGCUUUGAACUGCUGCAGAAACUUGUACUGCUUCAAGCUUUCCCUGAAUCUCUUGAGGAGUCAGUUGUUGACAAAAUACUGACAGUUGAGAAUGGUGCGCAUCUUUACAAUGAUCUGAUGCUAGCUUUGCUUGCCCACAUACUUGUUUGUCGAGAGGGUUCUUCUGGUUCUAGAUUAAGAACCAAAAUCUACCAGCUGUUUUUCAAAUUUAUUCAUCAAAAGGCGAAAACAAUUUGCUCAACAAGCUCUGAUUUGAAAGAUAUUGUUGAAACUCUGCCCUCUCUGUUUCACAUUGAGAUUAUGUUAAUGGCUUUUCAUUUGUCAUCUGAUGAGGAAAAGGGCGUGCUGGCAAAUCAAAUACUUUCAUCAUUUAAAGCUAUUGAUAUUCCCUCGACGACUUCUGAUAGUAUGCAGUUGUCAUGCUGGUUUUUACUGGUUUCACGGUUGGUUUUGGUACUGCGUCAUAUGAUGUAUCACCCGCGUGCUUGUCCAUCAUUGCUGCUGUUGGACUUCAGAACUAAAUUGAGGGGAUCCUCCGUGCUAAGCACACCUGGUUCUACUAACUAUUGGUCAUCCUGGCCAGCCACUGCUCUGGAGGAUAUAAUGAAUUCCAGUGGAACACAAGCAAACAUGACUUUGCUGAAUCAGUUAAUUGAUAUUGCUCCCCUUCCAGCUUCUCUGUGUAGAGAUUUUCCAGCAGUGGAAGGGUUUGGUUUGAGUUGGGAAAAUACAAUUGCCACUUUCUCACAGAUUCUUAGACUUUGGAAUGGUAAAAAGGCUGCCAGUGCUGAUGAGCUUAUUCUUGAGCGAUAUCUUUUUGUGCUUUGCUGGGAUAUUCCAAGUCCAACUGAGGGAUUGUCUCUGAAACGUAUGCAAGUUCCGUUCAGUGGUGUCAAGGUUCUUGAUGUCUUAGAUAUGGAGAACUUUCAUUUUACCAGUCAUUUUAUAUUAGGUCAGUCCCACCCUAGCAAUGACUACAGCACCAUCCCAGGUGUUCUGUUAAAUUUGCUUCAGCAGUUGCAUGGUUCACUUAUGCGGGAUGAUUUCGAGGAACUCGGGUGGGACUUCUUCAGGACUGGAUCCUGGAUUUCUUUUGUACUAUCCAUGCUUUCUACUAGCACCAAGGGACUCAACAAUGGAAAUUCACACCAACUAGAGGCAGCUAAUCAACCAGAUAUCACUGAUCUGGAUGCUGAGUUUCUCGGGUUGACUAAACAAUUUGUCUACAAAUCUUUCACUGCUGAUCAAAUUGCGAUGCUAUUCAGAGUAUUGUCAUCUUUACUGAAGAGAUACUUAUGGGUUUAUCAGAUGGCUUUAGCUUCAAUGUUCCAAAAUGGGCUUCACUCUUCUGUUAAUUUUUUCCCUCUUCUGCUUCUUGAAUAUGCUGGUUUAGAUAACAACAUGCAGGAUGAAUUUCCCCAAAAGUUGGGCACCAAACCAUGCCUUCUCGACUCUCUUUAUGAGCUUCCGUCGAGGUUAAGUAAAAUUGUUGAAAAACUUGCUCUGGGAAUUCGAUCUAAAAUAUUCUGGGAAGUUGCACUCCAUGGAUUUCCCCUGCAUCUUCAACUUCCAACAGAAAUUCUGUCUUCAUGUAUCCUCAACAUGAAAGGAAUUAUUGUUAGUCUUGACGGACUACUUGAUAUAACAGUUUCAAGAGGAGCUGAUUUGGAGGAAAAUGAGGUGAUCAAUGAAAUUCUUGAAUCAGUCUUGUCGAUGAAGUGUGACAAGGUUUUUCAAAGUCUUGAGGGUAAAUUUGAUCACAUUUGCCAAGCCUUGAAAAUGGGUCCUGAUGCUCCAGACUACAUCAAUUUAUUCAUUAUGAAGCGCAUGGAAGAAUUUCUGCGAAGUAUAAAUAAAGAAAAAGACUUUGAUAGAAGUAUCCAUGAAUACAUAGUGGUGAAGAUGGUUAAUAUGGCCAACAGCCUAAAGGGAGAUCCUUCAAGGAGCAGUAUUUUCAAAUUUUUUCUCUCUAUGCAGGAUACUUCUGAAAAUAAGAACUUCCAGGAGUCCCAACGUGGAGAUAUAUUGGUUCUGUUUGAUGCUCUAGAUCACUGCAUUUCUGAAUCUGUAAAUAUGAGGGUGCUCAAUUUCUUUACAGAUCUUUUGUCUGGUGAUUACCCUGAAGUCAAAGUGAAGUUGCAGAUGAAGUUUAUUGGCAUGGAUUUGAUUUCUCUAUCAAAGUGGCUAGAGAUGAGGUUACUGGGAUCUCUUGCAGAAAUACCUAGUGUUAACACUACAAAAGGAGGUUCAGUUUCGUUAAGAGAAUCAACCAUGAACUUUCUGACGAGUCUUGUGUCUCCCACUAGUGAAUCCAAGCUGCAGGAAGCACAGAUCCAUCUACAUCAAGCCUUGCUAGUUCCUCUGGAGAGUGCAUUUUCUCUAUAUGAUUUCAAUAUAGCUAAAAGUUAUUACAAUUUUAUCAUUCUGCUCUCCAAAGGGGAAUUGUUGAUUAAGUCACUGCUGCAGAGAACUAUUGAGUUGAUGGAGAAACUGGCUGAUGAUGAGCGCCUGAUUCAAGGACUGAAGUAUCUUUUUGGAUUCCUUACAAUGAUCACCAGUGAUUGUGGGUCUCCCACUUGCACCUUGGAGAAGUCCUCUGGGAAAUCCCUUUCUAGAUGUAGUUCAGGUUUAGGGACUUUGUCUUCUGGAACUCUUUGUUCAAGGAAAAAUGCUGAUGAUUUGGUUCCAUCUGCUAAUCGAGCUCCAGCAUCUGUUGACUGUGAUGCAACUUCAGUUGACGACGAUGAAGAUGAUGGGACCUCAGAUGGUGAGUUAGGUAGCAUUGAUAGGGAUGAGGAGGAGGAUAGUAACACUGAGAGAGCGCUUGCAUCUAAAGUUUGCACCUUCACUUCUAGUGGCAGCAACUUUAUGGAACAGCACUGGUACUUCUGUUACACGUGUGAUCUUACAGUCUCGAAAGGCUGCUGCUCCGUCUGUGCAAAAGUUUGUCAUCGUGGUCAUCGUGUUGUGUACUCCCGCUCUAGUAGGUUUUUCUGUGACUGUGGUGCAGGAGGUGUUCGAGGUAGCAGUUGUCAGUGCUUGAAGCCUCGAAAAUUUACUGGAAGUAAUAGUGGUGCACCUGAACGUAGUGCUGGUAAUUUUCAGUCAUUUCUUUCUCUUUCAGAGAAUGGUGAUCAGCUUCCUGACAGUGGUUCAGAUGUUGAUGAGGAUUCGCUGAUAGACCUAGAUUCCUCUACCAGGUUAUCUCUUCCAAUUGAAGUCCAGGAAAGGAUGCCGCUGCUGCUUGAUGAACUGGAGGUUGAAAGUCGUAUAUUAGGGGUUUGCUCAUCAUUCUUACCUUACAUUACUGGAAACAGAGACUCCAACAUGAUAAGAGAUAAAAAAGUUUCUUUAGCAAAAGUGGAAGUGCCCCACUACAGUAACGACCUCUUACAAUUGAAGAAGGCAUACAAAAGCGGUUCACUAGACUUGAAGAUAAAAGCAGAUUAUUCGAAUGCAAAGGAGCUCAAAUCCCAUCUGACAAGUGGAUCUCUAGUCAAAUCAUUACUUAGUGUCAGUGGCCGAGGUCGACUAGCUGUUGGUGAAGGUGAUAAAGUAGCCCUAUUUGAUGUUGGGCAAUUAAUUGGGCAAGCUACUAUUGCUCCUGUGACAGCAGAUAAGGCUAAUGUGAAGCCUCUUUCUAAAAAUGUUGUUCGAUUUGAGAUCGUUCAUCUUCUUUUCAAUGCACUUGUUGAGAAUUAUCUGGUUGUAGCUGGCUAUGAAGAUUGUCAGGUCCUUACCGUCAAUCAUCGAGGUGAGGUGAUUGAUCGAUUAGCGAUUGAGCUUGCUCUACAAGGUGCAUAUAUCAGACGUGUUGAAUGGGUUCCCAGUUCCCAGGUUCAGCUGAUGGUGGUGACAAACAGAUUCAUAAAAAUUUAUGAUCUCUCUCAAGACAAUAUCAGUCCUGUACACUAUAUCACAUUGCCUGACGAUACAAUUGUUGAUGCAGCCCUUUUGGUGGCUUCCUGCUGUAGAAUGUUUCUCAUUGUCCUUUCAGAGUCUGGAAACUUGUAUAGGUUGGAAUUGUCAGCAAAAGCAAAUGUCAGUAGCAGGCCUUUAAAGGAAAUCAUUCAAGUAGAGGGCAGAACUGAAACUGGAAAGGGCUCCUCACUGUAUUUUUCACCUACUCACAAAUUGCUCUUUCUGUCAUAUCAAGAUGGGAGUUCCAUAAUUGGCAGCUUUAAUCCAGAUGUAACAUCUGUGAUAGAGACAUCUGCAGUGCAUGAGAAUGACAUUGAUGGUAAGCUCCAGCCUGCUGGUUUGCAUCGUUGGAAAGAGUUACUGGGUGGUAGUGGGCUAUUUGUGUGCUAUUCUAAUCUAAAAUCCAAUGGGAUACUUGCUAUCUCUUUGGGACAACAUGAAGUGCUUGCACAGAAUUUGCGGCACACCGGGGGUUCAACUUCUCCUUUGGUUGGAGUUACUGCUGAUAGGCCUUUAACAAAAGACAAAAUCCAUUGUCUUCUUCUGCAUGAAGAUGGAAGUCUUCAGAUAUACUCCCACAUCCCUGCUGGGGUGGAGACCGGUGUAAAUUUGAUGUCAGAUAAGGUUAAGAAAUUGGGUUCUGGUAUUUUGAAAAACAAAGCUUAUGGGGGUGCAAAACCAGAAUUUUCACUUGAUUUCUUUGAGAAAACUGUCUGCAUUACACAAGAUGUGAAAUUUACUGGUGAUGCCAUUAGGAAUAGUGAUUCUGAGGGUGCAAAGCAAACUUUAGCAUCUGAAGAUGGAUUUCUGGAGGGGCCUAACCCUGCUGGAUUCAAGAUAACAGUGUCCAAUUCAAAUCCUGACACUGUCAUGGUUGGUUUUCGCUUGCACGUUGGUAACACAUCAGGAAGCCACAUUCCUUCUGAAAUUACUAUAUUUCAGAGAGUCAUAAAACUGGAUGAAGGAAUGCGCUCCUGGUAUGAUGUUCCCUUCACUGUUGCUGAAUCACUUCUAGCUGAUGAAGAAUUUACAAUAUCUAUUGGUCGAACCUUUAGUGGAUCUGCUUUGCCAAGAAUAGACUCUUUAGAAGUAUAUGGCCGAGCGAAAGAUGAAUUUGGUUGGAAAGAGAAGAUGGAUACCAUUUUGGAUAUGGAAGCUCGGGUGCUUGGUGGUAAUUCGUGGUCCAUAGGUUCAGCCAGAAAGUCUCCGGCUAUGCAAUCUUCUUCUAUACAGGAGCAAGUGGUAGCUGACGGACUUAAACUCCUAUCUAGGAUCUAUAUGUCUGGGAAACCUCAGGGAUCCCCGAAGAUUGAAGAUAAUAAAGUGGAGGGAAGCCACCUUAAAUGUAUGCAAGUACUGGAAACAAUAUUCGAGAGCGAUAGGGAGCCUUUGUUACAGACUGCUGCCAGCCGGGUUCUGCAGGCUGUCUUUCCCAGAAGAGAGAUCUAUUACCAAGUGAAGGACAACAUGCGUCUUAGUGGAGUGGUAAAGUCUAUAGCCACACUCUUGUCGAAGUUGGGAAUGGGGGAGCUUGCUGCAGGGUGGAUUAUUGAGGAGUUUACAGCGCAGAUGCGAGCAGUUUCCAAGAUUGCACUGCAUCGGCGCUCAAACUUAGCAAAUUUUCUUGAGAGUAAUGGUUCUGACGUAGUUGAUGGGCUUAUGCAAGUGCUGUGGGGAAUUUUGGAUGUAGAACAGCCAAACUCACAAACUAUGAACAACAUUGUCAUCUCGUCUGUGGAACUUAUCUAUUGUUUUGCGGAGUGCCUGACAUUACAUGGAAAAGAUUCAGGAUUGCCAUCUGUAGCCCCUGCUGUUACUUUAUUUAAAAAGUUUCUUUUCUCUACUAAUGAGGCUGUUCAAAGCGCCAGCAGCUUGGCUAUAUCUUCUAGACUGCUUCAGGUCCCUUUUCCAAAGCAGACAAUGUUAGGUGCUGAUGAUGCCAUGGAGAAUGCAACAUCUGUUUCUCUUCCUGCAGAUGCUAUAAAUGCUACUAGUGGAACUAAUCCAAUUAUGGUAGAAGAAGAUUCCAUUAUUUCUUCUGUGCAAUACUGCUGUGAUGGUUGCUCAACCGUUCCUAUAUUGAGGCGCAGAUGGCAUUGUACUGUUUGUCCUGAUUUUGAUUUAUGUGAAGCAUGUUAUGAAGUGCUAGAUGCAGAGAGACUUGCUCAACCACAUUCUAGAGAUCAUCGAAUGACUGCAAUUUCAAUUGAAGUAGAGACAUUCAGUGGGGACGGUAAUGAAGUUCACCUGCCCACGGAUGAUUUAAGUGACGCUAAUAUGUUGCCAGUUGCUGCUGAUGUCAACAUACAUGAUUCAGAUCCAUCAAUUCAUGAGUUGGAGCCGAAUGAGUCAGGGGAGUACUCAACGGUUGACUCUGUUACCAUAUCUGCAUCUAAAAGGGCUGUCAAUUCUUUACUUCUCUCUGAGCUCCUUGGACAACUAAAAGGAUGGACAGAGAGUACUUCUGGAGUUCAAGCUAUUCCUGUGAUGCAGAUAUUUUACAGAUUGUCCUCAGCUAUUGGUGGUCCUUUUACUGGUAGUGUGGAGGUUGAGAGCUUAAAUUUGGAGAAGCUAAUAAAGUGGUUCAUAGAUGAGAUUAAAAUGGAUAAACCAUUUGAAGCCCGGACACGUUCAUCUUUUGGGGAAGUGAUGAUACUUAUUUUUAUGUUCUUCACCCUUAUGCUGCGUAACUGGAACCAACCGGGGGGUGAUGUUACUGUAUCAAAAUCUGGUGGGGAAACAGAUUCCCAGGACAAGACGACCAUCCAGAUCUUAUCUUCCGUAUCAUUAUCAAGUUCAUCUACUUCUGACGGCCUAGAGAAAAGUGACUUCACAUCUUCUCUGCAUAGAGCGUGCAGCUUUCUUAGGCAACAGGUCUUUAUUAAUUAUCUCAUGGACAUACUGCAGCAGCUUGUGCACGUCUUUAAGUCUCCCUCUGUAAGUGCUGAAACUCAAGGAUCAAAUACUGGUCCUGGCUGUGGUGCACUGUUAACAAUCAGAAGAGAGCUCCCUGCUGGGAAUUUUUCACCAUUCUUCUCAGAUUCAUAUGCCAAAUCACACUGUUCAGAUAUUUUUGCUGACUACCACCGUCUAUUGCUCGAGAAUACUUUUCGGUUGGUUUACUGUUUAGUUCGACCUGAAAAGCACGAUAAAGGUGGGGAGAAAGAGAAGACGCACAAGAUUCCUUCUGGUAGGGAUUUGAAGCUUGAUGCUUAUCAAGAUGUCCUUUGCAGUUACAUCAACAAUCCACAUACAACUUUCAUAAGGAGGUAUGCUAGGCGGCUGUUUUUGCAUGUUUGCGGUAGCAAGACACACUAUUACAGUGUACGAGAUACCUGGCAAUUUUCUACUGAAAUUAGUAAGCUCAAUAAACACAUUAGUAAAUCUGGUGGAUUCCAGGGAACCAUUUCUUAUGAAAGAAACGUCAAAAUGGUGAAGUGCCUUUUAACAAUUGCUGAUGUAUCUGCAGCAAGACCUAGAAACUGGCAGAAGUAUUGCUUGAGGCAUGCAGGUGUCUUAUCCUUCCUCAUGAAUGGAGUUUUCUUUUUUGGUGAAGAAUGCAUUAUCCAGUCCCUGAAACUUUUGAAUUUGGCAUUUUACACUGGUAAGGAUAUUAAUCACUCCUCACAGAAGGCUGAAGGUGGAGACGGAGGAAUGAGUUCGAAUAAGUUUGGGGAACAAUCGCUUGACUCUAAGAAAAAGAAGAAAAGUGAAGAAGGAAGUGAAUCUACAUUGGAGAAAUCAUACAUGGAUAUGGAACAGGCACUGACUGUCUUUACGGACCGUGGUGAUGACUGCCUGAGGCAGUUUGUUGACACAUUUCUAUUGGAAUGGAAUUCAAGUACUGUGCGUCGGGAAGCCAAGUUUGUUCUUCUUGGUGCCUGGUACCAUGGUAAGCAGUUAUUCAAGGAGACUAUGCUAACGGUUCUUUUGCAAAAAGUGAAACACUUACCAUUGUAUGGUCAGAACAUCAUUGAAUAUACUGAACUUCUCGCUUCGUUGCUUGGAAAAACACCAGACAACACCUUAAAGCAACAAAAUGGUGAAAUCAUUGACAGAUGCUUAACCUCUGAUGUAAUUAAAUGCAUCUUUGAGACGCUUCAUUCGCAGAAUGAACUUCUGGCUAACCAUCCAAAUUCACGCAUCUACAACACAUUGAGUGGUUUGGUUGAAUUUGAUGGUUAUUAUCUUGAGAGUGAGCCUUGUGUUGCAUGUAGCUCACCUGAAGUCCCAUAUAGUCGAAUGAAGCUCGAAAGUCUGAAGUCAGAGACAAAGUUCACAGACAAUCGUAUCAUUGUUAAAUGCACAGGUAGCUACACCAUUCAGAGUGUCACAAUGAAUGUUCAUGAUGCUCGUAAAUCAAAACCAGUGAAAGUGCUAAAUUUGUACUACAACAAUAGACCUGUAGCUGAUUUGUCAGAAUUGAAAAAUAACUGGUCUUUGUGGAAGAGGGCAAAGGUAUGCCAUCUUGCUUUCAAUCAGACAGAACUCAAAAUGGACUUUCCAGUUCCCAUAACGGCAUGUAAUUUUAUGAUUGAGUUGGAUUCUUUCUAUGAAAAUCUUCAAGCAUUAUCUCUCGAACCUCUGCAAUGUCCACGAUGUAGUAGACCUGUGACUGACAAACAUGGAAUCUGUGGCAACUGCCAUGAGAAUGCUUAUCAAUGCAGGCAAUGCCGUAAUAUUAAUUAUGAGAAUCUGGACUCAUUUCUGUGCAAUGAGUGUGGUUUCAGCAAAUAUGGUCGCUUUGAAUUCAACUUCAUGGCGAAGCCAAGCUUUACUUUUGACAGCAUGGAAAAUGAUGACGAUAUGAAAAGAGGACUAACUGCAAUAGAGUCUGAAUCAGAAAAUUCUCAUCGAAGGUAUCAACAGCUCUUGGGUUUCAAGAAACCAUUACUGAAGAUUGUCUCAAGCAUUGGUGAGAAUGAAAUGGAUUCUCAACAGAAAGAUUCUGUGCAGCAAAUGAUGGUAUCUUUGCCUGGACCUUCCUGUAAGAUCAACCGUAAGAUUGCCCUUCUUGGUGUGCUCUAUGGUGAGAAAUGCAAAGCAGCCUUUGAUUCUGUGAGUAAAAGUGUUCAGACUCUUCAAGGCCUCCGGAGGGUGCUGAUGAACUAUUUGCACCAGAAGAAUGCUGAUAAUCAUGCUGCAGCCUCGAGAUUUGUUGUGCUGAGAUCUCCAAAUAGUUGUUAUGGCUGUGCUAGUACAUUUGUGACCCAGUGUCUCGAGAUAUUACAAGUGCUCUCAAAACAUCCCAGUUCUAAAAAGCAACUUGUUGCUUCUGGCAUUCUGCGAGAAUUGUUUGAGAACAACAUACAUCAGGGCCCAAAAACAGCUAGAGUUCAAGCUAGGGCAGCACUUUGUGCCUUCUCAGAGGGAGAUGCCAAUGCAGUAGCAGAGUUAAAUGGCUUGCUACAGAAGAAAGUUGUUUACUGUCUUGAACACCAUCACUCCAUUGAUAUAGCUAUGACAACUCGUGAAGAACUAAUGUUGCUUUCAGAUGUCUGCUUCUUAGCAGAUGAAUUCUGGGAGUCAAGAUUACGGAUUGUCUUCCAGUUGUUAUUUAAAUCAAUCAAGCUGGGUGCCAAACAUCCUGCUAUAUCUGAGCAUGUUAUUCUACCUUGCCUGAAGAUCAUAUUGCAUGCAUGUACACCUCCAAAACCUGAUUCGGUGGAUAAAGAGCCAGUGAGUGGAAAGCCAACUUCACUUCUACCCGUGAAAAAUGAAAACAACUCAUAUGAAUCUGGCUCUAGUGCAGUUGUGAAUGCGAACCGAUCUGUGUCAGAGCCGUCUGAGAAAAAUUGGGAUGGUUCUUCGAAGACUCAAGACAUGCAGUUACUAAGCUAUUCUGAAUGGGAAAAGGGUGCAUCUUAUCUUGAUUUUGUGAGGCGGCAGUAUAAAGUUUCUCAGGCAGUCAGAGUCGGCCAAAAAUCUCGGCCUCAGAGAUGUGAUUAUCUGGCCAUGAAAUAUGGUCUCAGAUGGAAGCGGCGUUCUUGUAAGGCAGCUCAGAGCGAAAUAAAAUUGUUUGAACUUGGCUCCUGGGUUACUGAACUUAUACUAAGUGAUUGUUCACAAUCUAUAAGAUCUGAGAUGUGCAUGCUAGUUAAUCUUCUUUGUGGUCAAAGUUCAUCCAGACAGUUUCGGUUACUGAAUUUGCUAAUGUCGCUGUUGCCGGAUACUCUUUCUGCUAGUGAAAAUGCAGCUGAGUAUUUUGAGUUGCUCUUUAAAAUGAUAGAUUCAGAUGAUGCUCGUAUAUUUUUAACUGUUCGAGGAUGUUUAUCUACAAUAUGCAAGCUAAUCAUGCGGGAAGUGAGCAAUGUUGAAUCUUUGGAGAGAAGCCUCCGCAUUGAUAUAUCACAAGGGUUUAUUCUUCAUAAGCUCAUAGAGCUCCUUGGCAAAUUUUUGGAGGUUCCGAAUAUCAGAUCAAGGUUCAUGCAAGAGAAGUUGUUAUCCGAUGUUCUUGAGGCGCUGAUUGUGAUUAGGGGAUUAAUUGUUCAAAAGACUAAACUAAUUAGCGAUUGUAAUCGGCUUCUUAAAGAUCUUCUUGACAGUCUUCUGCUUGAGAGCAACGAGAACAAAAGACAUUUCAUCCAGGCAUGUAUUGGUGGCUUGCAGGUUCAUGGAGAGGAUAAGAAAAGGCGCACUUCGAUGUUUAUUUUGGAACAGCUCUGCAACUUGAUUUGCCCUACGAAACCUGAGCCAGUAUAUCUAUUAAUAUUGAACAAAGCACAUACUCAGGAGGAAUUUAUUAGGGGAUCAAUGACCAAGAAUCCUUAUUCAAGUGCUGAAAUUGGCCCUCUGAUGCGAGAUGUGAAAAAUAAGAUAUGCCACCAGUUGGACCUCCUGGGACUGAUAGAAGAUGAUUAUGGCAUGGAAUUGUUGGUAGCAGGAAACAUUAUUUCUCUUGAUUUGAGUGUUCCUCAAGUUUAUGAGCAAGUCUGGAAAAAAUCAAAUAGUCAGACUUUAGCUGCAGCCUCUGGGACAGGUUUUUUGUCUGUUAAUGCUACCACAACAACCAGAGACUGUCCUCCAAUGACAGUGACUUACCGGCUUCAGGGCUUGGAUGGUGAAGCUACAGAGCCCAUGAUUAAAGAAGUGGAUGAGGAUAGAGAGGAAUCUCAAGAUCCUGAGGUUGAGUUUGCGAUAACCAGCGCUGUACGAGAAUGUGGUGGUCUGGAGAUUCUCUUGAGCAUGGUUCAACGUCUGCGAGAUGAUCUGAAGUCAAACCAAGAGCAGUUAAUUGCUGUGCUAAAUCUGUUAAUGCUUUGUUGCAAGACAAGGGAUAACAGAAGAAAGUUAUUAAGCUUGGGGGCUUUGGGUUUACUGCUUGAAACCGCCAGACGUGCCUUCUGGGUUGAUGCUAUGGAACCAGCCGAGGGAAUUCUUUUAAUUGUGGAGAGUCUCACUCUGGAAGCAAACGCGAGCGAUAACAUCAGCGUUACACCAGGGGUGUUUACAGUCUCUAGCGAAGAUGCUGGUAACAGUGAACAAGCUAAGAAAAUUGUUCUCAUGUUCCUGGAACGAUUAUCUCAUCCUUCAGGACUUAAGAAAUCUAGUAAACAGCAGAGGAAUACAGAGAUGGUUGCGAGAAUCCUUCCAUACUUGACUUAUGGAGAACCUGCGGCAAUGGAAGUUCUCAUUCAGCACUUUGAGCCUCAUUUGCAAAAUUGGAGUGAAUUUGACCAGCUACAAAAGCAAUUUGAAGACAACCCCAAGGAUGAGAAGAUUGCUCAGCAAGCUGCCAAACAAAAAUUUGCUCUGGAGAAUUUCAUCAGGGUCUCUGAAUCUCUUAAGACAAGCUCUUGUGGGGAGAGAUUGAAAGAUAUCAUAUUGGAGAGAGGGAUUACUAGAGUUGCUGUGACACACUUGAAGGUGUGUUUUGCGUGUGUAGCACAGGCUGGUUUUAAAUCAACUGAGGACUGGGCAGCUAAAUUAACAUUGCCUUCUGUUCCGUUUAUACUUUCUAUGCUUAGGGGGUUGUCAAUGGGUCACAUGGGUACCCAGCGGUGCAUAGAUGAGGAAGGAGUUUUACCUUUGCUCCAUGCUUUAGAGAGUGUUUCUGGUGAAAACGAGAUAGGGGCGAAGGCUGAAAACUUGUUGGAUACCCUUACUGAUAAGGAAGGAACAGACAAUGGGUUCUUAGCAGAAAAAGUUUGCCAACUAAGACAUGCAACCCGUGAUGAGAUGAGGCGUCUAGCUCAGAAGAAAAGAGAACAGUUGCUUCAGGGGCUUGGAAUGUGGCAAGUGACAUCAGAUGGUGGUGAGCGAAUUGUUGUUGCUCAGCCCGUUCUUGAGGGUUUUGAAGAUGUUGAAGAUGAGGAAGAUGGGCUAGCUUGCAUAGUUUGCCGGGAGGGCUACCGAUUGAGACCUACUGAUUUAUUGGGUGUCUAUACUUACAGUAAGCGUGUGAACUUGGGUGGUGGAACUUCUGGAAGUGCCCGUGGUGAUUGUGUUUAUACAACUGUCAGCCAUUUCAACAUCAUACAUUUCCAGUGCCAUCAAGAGGCUAAACGAGCUGAUGCUGGCCUAAGAACUCCGAAGAAGGAAUGGGAUGGUGCUGCCUUGAGGAACAAUGAAACUCUCUGCAAUAAUUUGUUCCCCCUGAGAGGACCCUCUGUUCCAACGGGACAAUACUUGCGUUAUGUUGAUCAGUACUGGGACUAUCUUACUGCAUUGGGACGCGCUGAUGGAAGCCGGCUGCGGUUGUUAACAAAUGACAUUGUUUUGAUGCUAGCUCGGUUCGCCACUGGCGCAUCAUUCAGCACUGAUUGUAGAGGUGGUGGAAAAGAUAGCAACUCCAAAUUUCUGCCUUUCAUGAUACAGAUGGCAUGGCACCUUUUAGACCACGACUCUUCUCAACGAAAUAAUCUGGCUAAAUCCAUUUCGACUUAUUUGUCUUCCACAAUUUCUCCUGGAACACAACAGCCUUCAAGCGGAACAGAGGAGACUGUCCAGUUCAUGAUGGUCAGCUCACUCCUUUCAGAAUCAUAUGAGUCAUGGUUGCAGCAUCGGCGGGCCUUUUUACAGCGCGGAAUAUAUCAUGCAUACAUGCAACGUCAAGGUCGCUCUCCACAGCGUAGAGCAGAGUCGGGAGAUGGCAGUGGGUCUGACGAAUUAUUUUCCAACAUUCAGCCCAUGCUUGUGUACACUGGGUUGAUUGAGCAGCUCCAGAGAUACUUGAAGGUGAGAAAGUCUUCGACGGUCCAAACACGAGGGGCGGGAGGGGAAGACCAAACCACUUGGGAGGUCGUCAUGAAAGAGAGAUUAUCGAAUGUGAAGGAUAUGGUAGCUUUCUCCAAGGAGCUACUCUCAUGGCUGGACGACAUCACCUCAGCCUCCGAUCUACAGGAGUCGUUCGACAUCAUGGAUGCCUUGUCCGAUGUUUUAGCUUCUGGAUAUACCAGGUGCGAGGAUUUCGUCAAUGCUUCCAUAAAUCUAGGAAAAUGACCAUCUUGUUACUUUGUUAGCUCUUUUUUGUAUAGUUACAUUACAUGUGCAAGAAACUGAGGCCACAAGAGUUUAAUGUUGCCAUUGCAGAUUUGUAUUCAUUUAUGGUCUAAUAAAUUCCCUUGCCUCUGUUUUAAAUGUA